AUGGCAUUUUCAGACAAUCUGGAAAAACUCAUGGAACGUUUUUGGACCUGCGAGGAAGUGGGAUUUUCCAACAACUACUCUCCAGAGGAAGCACGCUGCGAGGAGCAGUAUGCACGCACAGUUCAAAUGGAAGCAGGCGGUCGUUACAUUGUGACACUUCCCAAGGAUGAGGAUAUUCUAUCACAACUCGGGGAAUCUAAGGACAUUGCGUUUAGACGUCUGCAAGGACUGGAACGCAGGCUCUCAAGGGACGAGAACCUAUCGAAACAGUACAAGGCCUGCAUGACGGAAUAUUUGAAACUAGGUCACAUGCGGAAGGUGGAGGAUGAUGCUCUGAACGGGAGUAAGCGGUGCUACUUACCACAUCAUCCAGUUGUGAAGGAGGCUAGCACAACUACAAAGGUGAGGGUUGUCUUCGACGCCUCGUGCAAAACGUCGAGUGGGAUCUCCCUCAACAAUACACUACUGGUCGGGCCAGUCAUCCAGCAAGAUCUCCGUACAAUAGUUCUCCGCAGUCGUACCCGUCAGGUGAUGCUGGUAGCGGAUGCGGAAAAAAUGUAUCAGCAGAUUAAUAUGAACCCAACGGAUAUUCCACUGCAAAGUACUUUAUGGCGGUUUGGGACAGACGAAGAAGUUGAAACGUAUGAGCUUACGACGGUGACGUAUGGAACGAAACCGGCACCCUUUUUGGCAACUCGUACGAUCAAGCAACUAGCUGUAGACGAGCGGGAAAAGUACCCCCUUGCAGUACAGGCUGUAGAUGAGGAUAUCUACAUGGAUGAUGUUAUCUCAGAAUCCGUACAAGGAAAGCUGGCUCCAAAAGGGAGCAAAAUAAUUGACGGAACCCAUAGGAAGACGGCUGAUAAGGGCCGCUGCUGGUCAGACGGCGGUGGUGGCGGCAGUGACGACAAUGGCAAAAGGAUCGGCAGCGACAUCUACUCCUACGCUCUGGUGUACGUACAGUUCAUGACAAAAGCCUAA